GCCGAGCCGUUGCUCCGCCCUCGCCGCUGCCAUGGCGGCAGCUCCGCCGGUCUCCAAGGCUGAGUAUCUGAAGCGUUACUUGUCUGGGUCAGAUGCCGGCCCAGAAGGAGGUCCAGAGUCGGUUCGGAAGCGGCGCAAAAAGCGGCCGAAGCCGGGAGGUGCCGGUGGCAAGGGAAUGCGGAUUGUUGAUGAUGAUGUGGGCUGGGCAGCUAUCUCUACCACUAAGCCGGAAAAGGAAGAGGAAGAAGAUGGAGACUUGCCGGUGGUGGCUGAGUUUGUGGAUGAGCGUCCAGAAGAAGUAAAGCAGAUGGAGGCCUUUCGUUCCAGUGCCAAAUGGAGGCUUCUGGGAGACCAUAGUGAAGAUGGACAUUUCCAUCAUGAUGACCAAGAUCCAUCUCCUCCUAGGAGGGCUCGUCGUGACACUCCAGAUCCAUCUCCUCCCAGGAGGGCCCGCCAUGAUACCCCAGAUCCAUCUCCUCCCAGGAGGGCCCGCCAUGAUACCCCAGAUCCAUCUCCUCCCAGGAGGGCCCGCCAUGAUACCCCAGAUCCAUCUCCUCCCAGGAGGGCCCGCCAUGAUACCCCGGAUCCAUCUCCUCCCAGGAGAUCCCAUCAUGAUACCCCAGAUCCAUCUCCUCCCAGGAGGACCCGCCAUGAUACACCAGAUCCGUCUCCUCCCAGGAGAUCCCGUCAUGAUACCCCAGAUCCAUCUCCUCCCAGGAGAUCCCGUCAUGAUACCCCAGAUCCAUCUCCUCCCAGGAGAUCCCGUCAUGAUACCCCAGAUCCAUCUCCCCCAAGGAGAUCCCGUCAUGAUACCCCAGAUCCAUCUCCCCCAAGGAGAUCCCGUCAUGACUCAGACACAUCUCCCAGAAGGGUCCGCCAUGACUCAGAUGCUUCUCCCCCCAGGAAGUCUCAUCGUAAUUCUUCAGGUAUAUCUCCUAGGAGAGGUCAUCAUGGUUCCUCAGGUAUCUCUUCCCCAAAAAGGGCUCAUAACCACUCCCCUGACACAGCCCAAAAUAGGAGGACUGUUGAUGCUUCAGACCCACAGCAUCUCAGGAGGACCCGUCAUGACUCCCCUGAUUUGGAACUGCCCAGAACCAAAAGCAGUAAAGCUGCAGAAAGAUCCUGUAGCAAGACUGUACACCAGAGGGGCCAGGGACCCUCUCACCCAUCAGUCUCCAAGAACAGCAAGUACAGACAUGACUCUGACCUUUCUCCACGGAGACGGCAAGCGAAAGCUCAUGUUGGAGCUAAGAAGCAGCUUGACUCUAAAGGUGUCUGCCAAAAAACAUCUGAUUCAGAUCUCUCUCCUCCACGGCAAAAACAAAAUUCAGGACACCAGGAUUCUGAUUCAGAUCUGUCACCACCACGGAAUAGACAGAGACACCGGAGCUCUGAUUCUGACCUCUCUCCGCCCCGGAGAAGACAGAGGACCAAAUCUUCUGAUUCUGAUCUCUCUCCUCCUCGAAGGAGUCCCCGUCCCGGGAAGAAGACUGCACACAUGUAUUCUGGAGCGAAAACUGGGUUGGUAACUGAUGUUCAGCGGGAGCAGCAAGAACUCAAGAAACAGGAUCAAGACACCACGGCCCUUGGAGCUCAGUUUGAAUUCGCUGAAACUGUAUUUCGAGACAAGUCUGGUAGGAAGAGGAAUUUGAAGCUGGAGCGCCUGGAGCAGAGGAGAAAAGCAGAGAAGGACUCAGAGCGAGAUGAGCUCUAUGCCCAGUGGGGGAAAGGGCUUGCCCAGAGCCGGCAGCAGCAGCAGAAUGUAGAGGAUGCAAUGAAGGAGAUGCAGAAGCCUCUGGCCCGCUACAUCGAUGAUGAAGAUCUGGAUCGGAUGUUGAGAGAACAAGAGAGAGAGGGGGACCCGAUGGCCAACUUCAUCAAGAAGAGCAAGGCUAAGGAGAACAAGCAUAAGAAAGUGAGACCUCGCUACAGUGGUCCUGCACCUCCUCCCAAUCGAUUCAAUAUCUGGCCUGGGUACCGCUGGGAUGGAGUGGACAGAUCCAAUGGCUUUGAACAGAAGCGCUUUGCUAGGCUCGCCAGCAAGAAAGCUGUGGAGGAGCUUGCCUACAAGUGGAGUGUUGAGGACAUGUAAUUCCCGAGGCUCUGUGGUGGUGGCAGCAAAGGCAGCCAGGCUUCCGGCUCUGAUGGGUGACUGCUAAUAGACAGACCCGCAGCUGGCUCUCACUUCUCACCUUUGGACUUGGCACUGACCUUGGCUGCGUCCAUGGUGUCUGUGGCUGGCUUUGGCAGGACACAGUGACCUCUUUAUCCCAGGGUUUGUUCUUAGCCAGUGCUUUCCUUUUUAUUUUUAAAAAUAAACACAUAUUUAUUUUUUGUAA